CCCCUGACAAAGAGUUAAUCUACAAGGAAAAGAGAAGAUCAAAGUUCAAUCGGAGAAGAUGCCGGUCAUGGAAAAGCUCAGAAUGUUUGUGGCUCAAGAGCCUGUUGUUGCCGCUUCCUGCCUCAUCGCCGGAAUCGGACUCUUCCUUCCAGCUGUGGUAAGGCCUAUUCUAGACUCUCUUGAAACGUCCAAGCCGGUACCUCCUCCGCAAUUAAGCGAUGUUGUUGCUGGUAUCACCGGAAGGAGACAGGGCUAAGGCAGGAUAUGGGGCGGAUGGCUAGCUAGCUUGUUUGAGGAAAGGGAAUAAUUUUUUAAACUAGCACAUUUAGUUUUUAUUUGAAUUGUAGCUGAAUAAGCAAGAAGCAACUUAUACAUUAAGGUUUAGCACCACCCAUUUAAGUCAAGUCUUAACAUUGAAUGUCAAUUAUGAUAUGCUACGCACAACAAUUUUGUCU